GGCAGAUGACCGUAAUGCACAGUGUUGACAAUCGCAAGACGGCUCACUUGACUUCAAUUUUGCGAGUGGAGGCUGGCUUGACCGCAGUAACAAACGAGCCCGGCGGUCUCAAACUUCCCGAGGAAACGGCAACUCGACUUCAGGACUUUUGUGAGAAAGAAUGGCUGCAAGUGCACUUGAAGUAACGGAAAUGCUGUCAGAAUUGACAAGUACUGACUUGCAGAAGCUGGAGGCUGGUACAAGCAGCACCAGUGCUACCAGUGCUACCAGUGGUACCAGCGGGACCAGCAGGACCAGCGGCACCAGCGGCACCAGUGGCUCAUGCUGCCUUGUUGAUAAAUACAAAGAUAUUUCAACCCAUAUGGUUGAAAAUGUUGACGUGAUAAUAAGUGAUCUCAAAAUGAGGGGAGAUGCUCUAAGUGAUGAGAUCAAAGCCAUCCACAGCCCCCAUGAGAAGAUGUCGAAAGUCAUCGAUCAUCUGAAAUCUGUAGAACACAAACGGAUCUUCUCCAGCAUCCUAGAGGAGCGGAAGCAACCGACAAAACCGAGAUCUGUCCUAAAAAUGUCCAAAUCAUCAUCGGUGAAAGUCUACAAAAGAAAACACUUUGAAGUUGUCACAGAGAAGUGGUUCACUGAAACAGCAACAGUUGCUGAGGAUGAAUGGAUUCAUCGUGAACCUGAAGUGAGCCGUGAUGAUGGGGGCACCUGGUACAGCUUCUGCUGUGUACCAGGUAAAUUUGAGUGCAGUGUCUCGGGCCUGCGCUGGAUUUGUAAGGAUUUUCCUCUGAGCUUUAAGUACCGCUUUGGCAAGUGGUGGGAGCACGAUCACAAAUUGGAAGCCCUGCAGUACAUGCCUGCAGGCCCCUUAUUGGACAUCACGCUGACUGACGGGCAGUUUGAUGAGGUCUAUCUGCCACACUGGAUCUGCACGGCUGUUGAUCCUACAAUUUUCGAGAAGUUUGCAGUUUUGCAUUCAGAUAAUGAUGGAGUUAGUGUGGAAAACGUGCCCGAGGUCACACCAUCCCAUGUCAAGCUACCGCACACAGAUUUUUCUGCAAGAGGAGUGCUCACCCGGAUCAAGCGUUGGGCUGGCUUUCUUGUGUCUCUGAAGUGCAAAGUGUUCAUCUACAAGACCAAGAAAGCAUUCCUGAUGAGAAGAAAAGCUGGUCAGUGUAAAAAUGCAAGAGAGAGCAAGCAGCAAAAGUGUCUGAGAACAGGAAGCGAGAUUAAGAUUUAG